UGAGCUGGGCUCACUGUGCUCCUGUCACAUAGCGGUGGGAAAGGUCGUGCUGUUAGCCUUUGCCAACUGCGUCAAUCCACCACGCCACAUGUUUAAAACGUGGUUCUCUCAGAUGUCGUCAAUAUGAAGUUGUCACCUCUAUUAUUUGCUUACUGGAUCGGGGAAAUCAACCUAUAGUAUACUAGUGGCAUAUGCUGUUGAAUAACACAGCUAGAUAUACAUGUAAAUUGUAGCUAGAUUCUAGCUUGCUAGCUGGCUAGAACAUGAGUCCGGCUCCGAGUGAGAAUCCUGUAACCGGAUCAAGCACACAGCUCUCGUUAACAGGACACAUCCAAAACGUCUUCAGUCAUGUCAAGGUGGAAAAUCUAGCCGCAGGACUUAGCGGGGGAGUCGUGUCAACACUGUUGUUACACCCUCUAGACCUGGUCAAGAUCAGGUUUGCAGUGAGUGAUGGUCUGAAUUUGAGACCCAAAUACGAUGGCAUAAUCCACUGCAUGCGCAGCGUGUUGCAACAAGAAGGAAUUCGCGGCCUGUACCAAGGAGUUACACCUAACAUCUGGGGAGCAGGAGCCUCGUGGGGACUCUACUUCUUCCUUUACAAUGCCAUCAAGGCCUACACCAAGGAGGGUCGUCAGACGGAGCUGACAGCCACAGAGCACCUGCUGUCUGCAGCCCAGGCUGGGAUAAUGACUCUCACACUGACCAACCCUAUCUGGGUGACCAAGACCCGCCUGGUGCUGCAGUAUAGUGCUGACCCCAGCAGGAAGCAGUACAAAGGCAUGGUGGAUGCCCUGGUCCAGAUCUACCGCUAUGAGGGGAUACGUGGGCUGUAUAGGGGAUUCGUUCCGGGGUUGUUUGGUACGUCUCACGGGGCGCUGCAAUUCAUGGCCUACGAGGAGCUAAAGAGGGACUAUAACAAGUACAGGAAUAUGGCCUCAGAAGCAAAGCUGAAUCCCUUGGAGUACAUCACCAUGGCAGCCCUGUCUAAGAUCUUUGCCGUGGCAACCACCUACCCGUACCAGGUGGUGAGGGCCCGUCUGCAGGACCAGCAUAACCAGUACCAGGGGGUUCUGGACGUCGUCAGGAGAACCUGGAGGAAUGAGGGUGCGACGGGCUUCUACAAGGGCAUCGUGCCCAACCUGAUCCGCGUUACGCCUGCCUGCUGCAUCACCUUCGUGGUCUACGAGAACGUCUCGCGCUUCCUCCUUGGGCAGACAAUCUGAGAAUGCCCGUGGGAACGGCUACAGACAGAUAUUUACAGUCCAAGUUACCACGUGCUUUCCUGGACUAGGCCUUAGGCGGUGGAAGAAUGCGUUACUAUGGAGGGGCUGCGCUGUGCUCCGCACUUUGGCUGGUGCUCUCAGUGAAGGAUCCUGGAUCUGUGGUCACAAAGAGUGCUGGACUAGAAGGAUCAUCAGACGUUUGAGAUUUAUUCGGAUUGCAAGAGGCAAUGUCCCAGAUCAGCACUCCUACUCAGAGAGGCCUUCUUAAGAGACACCACUCCUAGACAGCUUUUACUGUCUGCCCUAUGAAUGCAUGCCCUUGCCCUACCAUAUGAGCAAAUCACAAGUACUUCCUGGAAAUGUACAGGAAGUUGAGAAAAACAGUCAAAAACCAACCAAUCCCAGAGGCCUCGGCUGCUCUUUUAGUCACUUGAAUGCUGUGAUGAAUCCACAACUCACAUCUUUUUAUGCCGAUUUUAUUACAAGUUAGAUAACAUAAUUUAUCAUUUUGUGAUGUUUGUCAUUGCUAUAACUGUCAGAGGAGUGUUCCUUACAUCUCCAGUGUGAUAUCUAAGACAGGUAUGUUAUCCUCAGGGUACCAUUGCAUGGGUGUGUGAAUGUUUUGGUUGUUUCUUUUUAAAUUUAAGUUAUUGCCAAUAGCUCAUACAGAAAAUGAAUAAUACUUGAUUUAUUAACAUACUAUAUUAGAAUACGCACAAGAAAUACAGUCCGGUUCAAAGUCUGGCAGGCUUUCAAUACUUUGUUUUAUGACAUCUCUGUCUAAGUGCCAGUGUAGUAAACUUUUAUUUUACAGAUUGAAUGUUAAUGUCUUCCUUUACAGUCCACUGUUAAUGUCUUUCUUUAUAGUCAACAAUUCGAGUGGUGUGUGUGUGAGAAUUGGACAUUUUGAUUUUUUAGUAGCAGUCACUUCUGCUCUUGAUUAUCAUCCUGGUCGGUUGUGUUUCCUGUCUGUUUGGUCUUG